AUGUCUGUUCUGUUCGAAACAUCACUGGGGGAUAUUGUUAUCGAUCUUGAGGUCGAAAACUGUCCAAAGACCUGUGAAAACUUUCUGAAGCUGUGCAAAGUUUAUUAUUACAAUUUGAAUGCUUUUUUCAAUGUUUCGAAAGACUUCCUUGCCCAAGCAGGUGAUCCUACAGCGACUGGAACUGGUGGGGAGUCCAUAUGGUCGCUAAUCGCCUCCGAGUCCUCUUCCAACACACCAACGUCACGGUAUUUUCCUCCCGAGAUCCUACCCAAGCUAAAACAUACAAGUCGUGGGACAGUAUCAAUGGCUGUUGCCCCCGCGUUGGAAGGUCAGAAAGGAGGCUGCGGAAGUCAGUUUUUCAUCACUUUAGGGGAAAACAUCGACUACCUUGAUGGAAAGCAUGCGGUUUUUGGCCACGUCGUUGAAGGAUUCGAGACCUUAGACAAAAUAAACGAGGUUUUUGUUGAUCAAGAUGGGAGACCAUUCAAGGACAUCCGGAUAAGACACGUUGUAAUUCUUGAUGAUCCUUUCCCUGAUCCUCCAGGCUUGAUCAAGCCACCUUCUUCUCCAACACGUCCUCCAGAUAAUUCGACCCGCAUUGCUGAAGAUGAAGAUCCUCUGGCUACUCUACCAGAAGAAGAAGAAGAGCGACAAAGACGUGAAAAAGCAGCCGCAGCAUCUGCUCUCACCCUUGAGAUGGUGGGGGAUCUUCCGUUUGCGAAUGUACGACCUCCCGAGAACGUACUAUUUGUGUGCAAACUCAAUCCAGUCACCCGGGAUGAGGAUCUUGAACUUAUCUUUUCACGGUUUGGCACCAUUAUGAGCUGUCAAGUCAUUAGGGAUAAAAAAACAGGUGACUCCCUGCAAUACGCAUUUAUCGAAUUUGACAAGCGUGAAGACGCCGAACAGGUUAAACUCUUUUCUUUCCAUUGA